CACGUGGACCCAGGCCUCACCGUGGGAAGGGGGUGGUGACAGGCACUUCGGACAAGUUCUCUUCGUCUCACUUCUCAUCUUUAUUUUCCACAGCCCAGAUUUUAUUUAGUCCUUGACUUUCUACCCUCCACGUGCACCCUGAGCCUCCCAACUCCUCCCUGUGACCUGUCUCCUAACUCUGGGCUCGGCCUAUUCCAGAGCUGCCCACAUUCUGCAGGGGAUUGGGAACAGGUCCUCCCAGCGUCUGUCCCCUACCACCCAGGGAGUUGCUCCUUGGAGGAGAAGCCAGCCCGAGAAUGAGAAGCCAGUGUCCCACUGAAGGGGCUGGAUCGGACCCCAAAGCCCUCCUUCCCUGUCCCCUCACACUCCAGGGGACACCCGUCUGAACAGUGUGAAAAGCGGAGGAAGGAAGACCUCACCCAGCUGGGCUCCUGAGCCCGGGCCAGGGCUCCUGUGAACCCCGCGGGGCAGGCAGGCGGGCUCUGAGCAGGGCCAUCCUGCGUGCCUAAUCGUCUAUUUAAGGAGCUGUUGGCCAGCAACCUAGGCAGCCCCCCCUUCCCCACGUAUACCCGUCCAGAGCCACCUUAAAAGCAGGAGGCAAUUGUGAAGUCGCUGGCCAGCAAGUAGAGUGAAGACUGCAAAGGGAGAUAAAAAAGAGAGGGCAGCGAGAGAUUUUUUUCUGGGGACCCAGAAACCCACGGUACCCUACUGAAAACCAACUCCCCUGGAAGUCUGCAGAGACACAGACAGCAAGAGAAAAAGAGAUACCUACCCUCCACUUCAGGAAAAUUUCUCUCUCUCUCUCCCUCUCUCUCGCUCCCUCUCCCCCCACCCUGCCUGCCCUAGUCCUCUGCACUCCAAACUCCCAGUACCUUGUGCUUCUUCCGAGGACACCAUGAUGUUCUUCACGCUCCUGCUAGAGGUGAUUUGGAUCCUGGCUGCAGUCCGGGGUCACCACUGGACGUAUGAGGGCCCACAUGGUCAACACCACUGGGCAGCCUCUUACCCGGAGUGUGGAAGCAGCGUCCAGUCCCCCAUCAACAUCCAGACCGACAGUGUGACUUUUGACCCUGAGUUGCCCCCUGUGCAGCCCCAUGGAUAUGAGCAGCCUGGCCCCAAGCCUUUGGACCUGCUUAAUAAUGGCCACACAGUGCAGCUCUCUCUGCCCCCUACCCUGUAUCUGGAGGGACUUCCCCAGAAGUACGUAGCUGCCCAGCUCCACCUGCACUGGGGUCAGAAAGGAUCCCCUGGGGGGUCAGAGCACCAGAUCAACAGCCAAGCCACAGCUGCAGAGCUCCACAUCGUACAUUACGACUCUGAUUCCUAUCACAGCUUGAGCGAGGCUGCUCCCAGGCCUCAGGGCCUGGCUGUCUUGGGCAUUCUCAUUGAGGUGGGUGAGGCUGAGAACCCAGCAUAUGAACAUAUUCUGAGUCACUUGCACAAAAUUAGGUAUAAAGGUCAGAAUACCUCAGUGCCUCCCUUCAACGUGAAAGCACUGCUCCCCCCACUGCUGGCACAGUUCUUCCGGUACAAUGGCUCGCUCACCACGCCCCCCUGCUACCAAAGUGUGCUCUGGACAGUCUUCAGUCAAAGGGCCCAGAUUUCUAUGGGACAGCUGGAAAAGCUUCAGGGAACGCUGUUCUCCACAGAGAAGGAACCCUCUACGCUCCUGGUACAGAACUACCGAGUUCCCCAGGCCCUCAAUCAGCGGACAGUCUUGGCUUCUUUCAUCCAAGCGGAAUCCAUGUAUACCACAGGUGAAAAGCUGAGCAUAGGGGCGGGAAUCUUGGCUAGCUGUCUCUGCCUUCUGCUGGCUGUUUAUUUCAUCGCUAGGAAGAUUCGGACACUAGUCACGUCCAUGGACCAUUUCCCCCAUCCAGGAAGAAGAUGCUGCGAAAUCAGAAGAAUGUGGUUUUCACCUCAACACGAACCACGGAGGCAUAGACUCCCGCUUGGACAUCACGGAUGCCUUCCCCUCACGCCUAUCAGGGAGCUUUUAGAAUGGGGUGCAGGAACUGGCCAGAAAAGACUGUAGGAGUAGCAGGCAGACACCACUCCUCCCUCCACACAGCCCCCACAGAGAGGCACGGACAAGCUCUAGUUCAAGGAAGAACAGCUGAGCGUUCGGUCUCUCAAAACAUAGAGAUCAGGAGAGCCCUACGCUGACAAUGCAGAGGACGAACUGUGUUUAGUUGCAAGGGAAGCUGGGAAUGUGCCCCAAAGCCCUCCACCCCAUCUCCUGUGUCCCUUUCCCUAGAUACGAGCAAGACAGCCCCUUAGGAAACAAGGGUUGUUGUUUGGGGGGUUAUAUUUUUUGCUCAAUGUGUAAUAUUUGGGAAUUAAAGUUUCUGAUCCCA